AGCAUCCGAGGAGCGCCCCAUCACAUCAGCAUCUACACAGGAGAACACACACCUACAGGGGAAUGCCCGGCUCAGAACUGCUUUCGCAAACACAGAUUUGAGACAUGACGAAGUCGUACACGGAGGAAACCAUGUUGUCCGACCCUCAAGACUCGACGACCUGGCCCGAGGACGGUCACGGGUCCCAAGACGAGAACGACCCGGAGAAGAACAGCAAGGCUCACGAGGAACUGGCGGGAGACAUGGAGGACGAAGACGAGGAAGAGUUCAACCGUCUCGAUGAGGAUGAUGAUGACGAAGAGGAAGAGGAAGAGGAGGGCGACGCUCAGAAGCCAAAACGACGAGGACCAAAGAAGAAGAAAAUGACAAAAGCCAGGGUGCAGAGGUUUAAGAUGAGGCGCAUGAAGGCUAACGCGCGUGAGAGGAACCGCAUGCACGGGCUCAACGACGCGUUGGAGAGUUUGCGUAAAAUUGUGCCGUGCUACUCCAAGACACAGAAGCUAUCCAAGAUCGAGACGCUGCGUCUGGCUAAGAAUUACAUCUGGGCCCUGUCUGAGAUCCUGCGCUCCGGGAAAAGUCCGGACCUAAUGUCCUUCGUCCAGGCCCUGUGCAAAGGCCUGUCCCAGCCCACAACCAACCUGGUGGCGGGGUGCCUGCAGCUGAAUCCCCGCACCUUCCUCCCCGAGCAGUCACAGGAGCUGCCCGGUCAUAUGCAACCCCCAGGUGCGUCGUUUGCUGCGCAUCCCUACUCCUACCAAACCCCAGGUCUUCCCAGCCCACCCUACGGUACGAUGGACAGCUCCCACAUAUUUCACGUCAAGCCGCACUCCUACGGCAGCGCGCUGGAGCCGUUCUUCGAAACCGCCCUGACAGACUGCACUAGUCCGUCAUUUGACGGACCCUUAAGCCCUCCGUUGAGCGUGAACGGAAACUUUUCCUUCAAACACGAGCCUUCAUCAGAGUUCGAGAAGAACUAUGCCUUCUCCAUGCACUACCAGGCGGCUGGUCUGGCGGGAGCGCAGGGCCACGCGCCCUUGUACCCCAGUUCGGCGCAGCGGUGCGAGAUCCCAAUGGACAACCUCAUGUCCUACGAUGGACACACGCAUCACGAGCGGGUCAUGAACGCCCAACUCAAUGCGAUAUUUCAUGAUUCGUGAAUAUAUACAAUCUAUCGUUAAAGACUUUAUGCGCGUCAUGUAAUCCUGUGUCACAAAUAGCAGUGAUUUCUGGCUUGUUCUUCUGUAUGUAUUUAUUGUACUGCCUUUAGGACGAGCGAGAUUAUACAGCUUGCUCACCUUCUGUGUUCUAUAGCGCUUCUUUAUGGUAUGGUCUCUAGACGACUUUACUCAGAAUGUGUUGAUUUAUCGUACCACAAAACCACAAGCAAUAAUUUGGAAACUAUGCAAUUUUUAAACCAGUACUUGGCCAAUACAAAUUAAUAAAGAUUUCUAUAUUUUUCAAACUGCAUUUUGCAACUGCUCUAUCUAUACACACUCAAAUUAUCCUCUUGUGACUUUGUAUAGAAGCCUGAAUUUCUUUUUUUAUGUCAAGUUCCUAUAGAGCCCAUAGUGCACGCUAGUCCAUGUAUGUUUUAUAAAAACAGACACACGUCUCUUCUUCAUAUAACAUUUCAACCGUUUUAAGCAACUGUAUUUAUUUACCAGAUGGGCAACACAUUCUACAAAUGUUGCCUUAAAGCAAAACUGUAUUUAGGUUGCACUGAAAUGGGCUAAAAUAUUUCCCAAAACUAAUUAUUCC